UGUUGUCCUCUCUGAGAGGGCCCAAACCGGCAAGAUGGCGUCGAGUGGCGGGGAGCUUGGGGGCGUAUUCGACCACCACGUCCAAAAGGCUGUGUGCGACUCGCGGGCCAAGUAUCGGGAGGGGCGACGGCCUCGCGCUGUCAAGGUAUAUACAGUCAAUUUGGAAUCUCGGUACUUAUUAAUACAAGGAGUUCCUGCAGUGGGAGCGAUGAAGGAAUUAGUUGAGCGAUUUGCUCUGUAUGGUGCAAUUGAACAGUAUAAUGCUCUGGACGAAUACCCAGCAGAAGACUUUACAGAAGUUUACCUUAUUAAAUUUCUUAAUUUACAAAGUGCAAGGAUAGCCAAGAGAAAAAUGGAUGAACAAAGUUUCUUUGGUGGAUUGCUUCAUGUGUGCUAUGCUCCAGAAUUUGAGACAGUUGAAGAAACCAGAAAAAAAUUACAAGAGAGGAAUGCUUAUGUAGCAAGAACUACUAAAAAUAAAGAUCAUUACAUGACAAAGAAGCAUAAAGAUACAAAAGAUUUUAGACAGGACUUCUAUUCGAAGACCUCUGGAUUUCCUGCAGCCUCUUUGAACACAUCUACUGGGAACUCAGAUCUUUGUCUUCCUUAUUCUUGUGAGUUGCCUUUGUGCUGUUUCUCCCCCAAAUAUACAUGUUCAUCAGGAGACCAUGUGGAUAGAGCAUCAAACUCCUCUCAGGAUGGUAGAAACCAUGAUGAAACACUGGAGCAUUGUAACCACUAUGACUCUCUGCAGAAAAUGCAGAUGAAAACUUUGAAAAAUUCAUUGGCCUUCCCUGGCACACAGAAGGCUAUUACACCUUCAGAGGCAGUUGACAGAUUUAUGCCUAGGACAACACAACUGCAGGAGCGGAAAAGAAGAAGAGAAGAUGAUUGUAAACGUGGAACUCUUUUUGAAGCAAGCACAAGUAGUAAUGAGGUUAUGAUUGGCCCUCAGUUACCAGACAUUCCUAAAGUAGACAUGCAUGAUGACUCGUUGAAUACAACAGCGAAUUUAAUUCGGAAUAAACUUAAAGAGGUAAUUUCAUCUGUGCCGAAGCCUCCAGAGGACAAGCUGGAAGGUGUGCGUGGAAGUCAUCCUUUAAAACAAAGAAGAAGAAUAUAAAUUGUCUGCAGUAAACUAAUAUUUUUAAAGGCCUAUUUAUUUUUUAUUUUUAGGCUGUCAUUUUAAUUCUUAAAGAGAUUUUACUGCUGGUAUUUUUUUUUAAUGCACUCCUCUUUGUAAUUUCAUUCAACCUACUUGUCUCAUAUAGUUUCAUCUUUUAAAAUUAGUUUAUCAUGGACAAAAUACAUGCCAGCCAAUUAUGUCCCUUAAAAAAACUAAAACUUUUCCAGAAGUUCCACC